AUGCUAUUGGCCAUCACCCACCACGCGCAUUGCCCUUCAUGGACCCUCGGUCCACCAAGCCUGUUAUAUCGCACGAUCUCAUGGAAUCUAUCUCGCAUCCUCUACGGCGCCGGUGACGCUCGUUUCGAAACCCGGCCCUCCCCAGCGCUCCAAGAUUUCCACGAUAUCUUUGACCGGAUAUCCUAUGUUGGCGUCUUUGGCAGCGAUGUGCAUUUCUGGCAACACGGAGGCAUCACCGGAAAAGUGACCAAACAGGAGCCACUCAUCAUGGGCCACAAAGCUGUGGGCAUCGUACACAGCAUCGGUCCAUCCAUAACCAGCGUCCAGCCUGGUGACCGCGUUGCUAACGAACCCGGGUUUCCGUGUCGACAAUGCAGGCUGCGUAAAUCUGGACGGUAUAACCUUUGUUUAAAUAUGCGGUUUGCGGUAGACCCGCCGCAUAUACAGGGUACAUUGACACCCUUGUUAAAAAUUCCAGACUCACUGGGUUUACAAGAGGCUGUGCUCGUGGAGCUCUUGAGUGUCGCAGUCCAUGUGAACCGUCUCACAGACUUGCGACCUGUACAAAGCGUCCUGGUUCUAGACCCCGGUACCAUCGACUUGAUAUGUGCGGCCGUUGCGAAUGCGAAUGCGAAUGCGUUUAGUACAACAACGGCAUGCAUUGCUGAUAUCAAAGCCCCUAAAUUAGACUUCGCGAAGACCUUCGUCACAUGUUCGACAAUCAUCCCGGAUCCGCACUCUAAGCCCGAACAAAACGCUUUCCGCUUCAAGCGCGAAUAUAGGCUCUCCGAAGGUGCCGAUGUGGAAACUGUGGUCAAGAUUUCAUUCCGGUACGCAUCUGGUGGUUACAAGCUUGCUCUGGAGUUCCUGGCAUCGAGGAUUGUAGCGGAGUCGUUAAUUAGUAGUGCUAUGCCUUUUGAGCAUGCGAAGGAAGCGUAG